AGCGCGACUGGGCGUGGCUCCCAGGUGGGUAUAUAAUAGGCGGUCACCGGCAACGAAGAAGCUUCCGCUCUGAGGAUGUCUGCGAGUUACGAUAACCGAGAAAGAUCUAGAGACAAUGGGCCCGAAGGUAUGGAGCCCGAUGGUAUCAUUGAGAGUAACUGGAAUGAGGUGGUGGACAGUUUCGACGAUAUGGCACUGUCAGAGUCUCUCCUGAGAGGCAUUUACGCCUAUGGUUUUGAGAAACCGUCUGCUAUCCAACAGCGAGCUAUUCUACCUUGUAUCAAGGGUUAUGAUGUCAUCGCUCAGGCUCAGUCUGGAACUGGGAAAACAGCCACAUUUGCCAUUUCCAUCCUCCAGCAAGUUGAGCUGGAUAUGAAGGCCACCCAAGCCCUAGUCUUGGCCCCAACCCGAGAGUUGGCCCAACAGAUCCAGAAGGUGGUGAUGGCGCUGGGAGACUACAUGGGCGCCGGGUGUCACGCCUGUAUUGGCGGCACCAACGUGCGAGCAGAGGUACAGAAGCUUCAAUCGGAAGCUCCACACAUAGUGGUCGGCACUCCAGGGAGAGUAUUCGACAUGUUGAACAGGCGAUACCUGUCUCCCAAAUACAUAAAGAUGUUUGUCCUGGACGAGGCCGAUGAAAUGUUGAGCCGAGGGUUCAAGGACCAGAUCUACGAUAUUUUCCAGAAGCUGAGCAGUAACGCUCAGGUGGUGCUGCUCUCGGCCACCAUGCCCUCUGAUGUGUUGGAGGUGACAAAGAAGUUCAUGAGGGACCCAAUCCGUAUCCUGGUGAAGAAGGAAGAGCUGACUCUGGAGGGUAUCCGGCAGUUCUACAUCAAUGUGGAGCGUGAGGAGUGGAAGUUGGACACUCUCUGCGAUCUCUACGAGACACUCACUAUCACACAGGCCGUCAUCUUUAUAAACACCCGCCGGAAGGUCGACUGGCUGACGGAGAAGAUGCACGCAAGAGACUUCACUGUCUCCGCUCUGCACGGCGACAUGGACCAGAAGGAGAGAGACGUCAUUAUGAGGGAGUUCCGAUCCGGAUCCAGUCGUGUCCUCAUUACUACAGAUCUGCUGGCUCGAGGAAUUGAUGUCCAGCAGGUCUCCCUGGUCAUUAACUAUGACUUGCCAACAAACAGAGAAAACUAUAUUCACAGGAUCGGCAGAGGUGGCCGUUUCGGUAGGAAAGGUGUCGCCAUCAACAUGGUGACCGAGGAAGACAAGCGCACCCUGAAGGACAUUGAGACUUUUUACAACACAACUGUUGAAGAGAUGCCGAUGAACGUGGCGGAUCUCAUCUGAGCUCCCCCACGAGAGAUUUAACGAAAAAAAAACAAAAAAAUAGUAUAACUGAAAAUACAAAAAACACCUUUCUGUCUAAGGCGGGCCCCCCCCAGGGGUCCCCGGGCAGGGAGGAGGCAUACAGCUUUCUAUUAAGCCCCACGUUUGGGCUUCCCCCAUUCCCUUCCCCCACCCCUGUAUGACUUUAAAUGAUUUAUAUUACUUUUUUGUUUUUUUUCAAAUAAAUGUUAUUUUGAGGUAUUGUGACCGUAAAACAUUUGUUUGUGUUUCUUCUGUAAACUGAACACUAACCCCCGCCCCCCCUCCUCUGUAACCCCCAAAAGUUUCCCCCACCAAAUCAGUGGACCAAAAACAAUCGUUACCCAUUCCCCCUCCUCCUCCAAUCAGGCUGCUAUCAAUUCGGACUUCAAAAAUUUAUUUUUUCAAAAAUUUUCCCCCAAAAUACUAUAAAUUGUCGCCAUUUUUCUUUGCUUUUUCUGUAUAGUAUUUAUUAAAUAAAAACAUUUUUUUUUGCAA